AUGGGUUCACUUGGAACGACAAAAGACUUUGACGUCUUCAAUGGCUUCUACAACACCAUCAACGGCAAGUUGACCACUACCGAGCAGACCAGACACGGCAUCAACCCUGCGACAGGGAAGCCCAACCCAGAAGUUCCUGUUUCCACACCGAAGGAUGUCGAUGACUCAGUAGCUGCUGCCAAAGAAGCCUUCAAGUCGUGGUCUAAAGUCCCUCUGGCGGAGCGCAAGAAGGCUCUCCUCGCAUUCGCCGAUGGUCUUGAGAAGUACACUCAAGACUUCGGCAAGCUACUCACACAGGAGCAAGGGAAACCCAACCAAUUUGCUGUCGGAGAAGUCCAAACUGGUGUGCACUGGAUUCGCGAACUGGCCAAGAUCGAGAUCCAGGAAGAGGUUGUGGAGGAAGAUGAUGACAAGCAGGUUAUUGUCCGAUAUACUCCUCUUGGUGUUGCCGUCGGUAUCGUACCGUGGAACUUCCCAGUGCAUCUUGCUUGCGGCAAAAUUGCCCCUGCAUUGCUUACCGGAAACACUAUCAUUAUUAAGCCCUCUCCAUUCACCCCUUACUGCGACCUAAAGCUCGGUGAACUCGCACAGCAGUACUUCCCUCCUGGCGUGGUUCAAGUGCUCAGUGGUGACGAUAACCUUGGCCCAUGGUUCACAGCUCACCCUGGCCCAGACAAGAUCAGCUUCACUGGCUCGACUUUCACUGGCAAGAAGGUCAUGGAGAGUGCCUCUAAGACCUUGAAGAGAGUCACUCUUGAACUGGGUGGAAAAGAUCCCGCCAUUAUCAGCAAGAAUGUUGACAUCGAAACUGUCGCAGCAAAGAUCGCCACCCUUGCUUUCCUCAAUUCUGGCCAGAUCUGCUUGGCCAUCAAGCGCAUCUACGUCCACGAGUCGAUCCAUGACAAGUUCCGAGACGCAAUGGUUGCUUUCACUAAGACUCUCAAGGUUGGUGAGGGUAACGAGGAGGGCGUUUUCCUGGGACCCAUUCAGAACUCGAUGCAAUACGAGAAGGUGAAGACCUUCUUCUCGGAUAUCGAGAAGGAGAAGUGGACCGUUGCCGUUGGCGGCAAGAACGAAACCAAGCCAGGCUACUUCAUCACCCCGACCAUCAUCGAUAAGCCCGCUGAUGACUCCCGAAUUGCAACUGAGGAGCCUUUCGGACCUAUCGUCCCUCUCAUGACCUGGACUGACGAGAAUGAUGUCAUCUCUCGCGCGAACAACACCCUCAUGGGUCUCGGCGCCUCUGUCUGGUCGAACGAUUUAGAGGAGGCCAAUCGCAUUGCUCGACAAUUGGAUGCCGGAAGCGUAUGGGUUAACACCCAUCUUGAACUCGAUCCUAAUGCUCCUUUUGGCGGUCACAAGAAUAGCGGGAUUGGCCAUGAAUGGAGCAGAUCGGGCUUAUUAAGCUUCUGCAAUGCACAGACACUGUACUUGAAGAAACGAGCAUGA